AUGCUCCACGCCACGCUCUGGCUUAAUCAGAUCAUCUGCAGUUCCGCAGUGACGUCCUGUGAAAGGGCGGCGAAGUGGCAAGAAGCCCUUCAGCUACUGCACCACAUGUACCAUACCGAAGUGCUGCCGGAUGCUAUCACGCUGAAUGCAGCCAUCAGUGCAUGCGCCAAAUCCGGACACUGGGAG